AUGGAUCCCAAACCCGAAGCCGUGAGCUUAGGCACAGGCGACGCAGCUGCCGAGCAGCAGCAGCAGCAGCAGCCGCCCGCCGUGACGUCAACAACUGCUGUGCCGGCGGUCGCCGUUGAAAAGGACUUGUCGACGAAACAAGGACCGUUAGAACAAGACGCUUCGAAACGGGAGCCUUUGCAAGAGCCUUCAAGGCAAGGAUCUCUGGAAGAAGCGCCCGAGCCAACCGCCCCGGCUCCCAGGACCGCGACCCCCGGGAAAGAUGGGCCACGGCCACACACGCCCCCCAAGUCCACCGACAUCGGCAUUGACAAGAGCAAGCCCGAGGACUUUGACGGCGAUGUUUCCACCACCAACGAGCUGCCCUCUGCAGACACAAUCGGCAGGAUUGAGAAUUACCUCGUUCUCGACCGGGAUGGGAAGUCGCGUACGUUUAAGAGUCUCUACAGCGGCAACAAUGUGGCAAGACGGGUUCUCGUCAUCUUUAUCCGACAUUUCUUUUGUGGAAACUGCCAGGAAUAUCUGCGAACGCUCUCCGAGUCCGUCACCCCGGAAGCCCUCCUCCGCCUGCCCGUCAGCACGUUUGUUGCCGUCGUAGGAUGCGGCGACCCGGCCCUCAUCGACAUGUACGCCGAGGCGACCGGCUGCCCGUUCCCCAUCUACACGGACCCGACGCGAUCCAUCUUUGACCAGCUCGGGAUGACCAAGACUCUCGCCCUCGGCUCCAAGCCCGCCUACAUCAGGAAGAGCUUGUGGCGCAACACAUUGGACAGCAUCGGCCAGGGCCUGCGCGUCCUGCCCAAGGGGCUGGCCCUCAAGUCGGGCGAUCCGCGCCAGGUGGGCGGCGAGUUCCUCUUCGAGCCGCUGGACCUGGUGACGCCCAUCACCACUCCGCGGGAUGAGGGGCCCGGACCGCUUCAAGAUGCGAGCGGCGGGGCGAGGAACGGAGGCGACGCCGGCCGGGUCGAGAACAAGGUCGUCACCUGGUGCCACCGGAUGAAGAAUACGCGUGAUCAUGCGGAGCUGCCCGAGCUGAUGGAGGUGCUGGGGCUGGACGGCCAAAGCAGACCGAUCAAGGACCGGAAGAGAUGGACCAUGGCUCUCGAGACGCGCAAGGGGACGGGGUGGAGCAUGGCCAGCCAGAUGAAAAAGAUGAACGAGGCAAACGAGGCCGACGAGGCCAAGGAGUCGAACUAG